UUUUUCACAAAUGUUGACAUUUAUAAGUAGUAUAGAUAUAGAUUUGGAAACAACAUUCUGGAGGCCGGUAAGAUCAGGUUUCCUAUGCAAGAAAAUUGCUGAUCCUGCUUGUGUUUCUCAUGUGAUUUUAAUAUUUACCGCUGAAGUUAAAAUAAAAUUAGAGGGUCUUCUUAACUUGCAAAUUUUAAAUUUUUGCUUUUUGUGUGAACUUUUUCAAUAAAGUGGGGCCUUCCUCUUUUUCAUAUGCUAAUUUUUUUUGCUUGCAAUACCCUCUGUUAUUACAAGAUAAUUGGUUGUGCUAUGAUAUGGCAAUGAAGGCUUUCAUUUCUUAUGUGUGAAGUAUAGCAAUCCUGUGCCAUUACAUUUGGAGCUAGAAGCAUCAUUGUUUUAAGAGCAUUUAUUGGCAGUGUUCACAUGGCCAGGCCGAGGAAAUAUUUAGUGUUAAAAACAAAUUCUGACGGAAAAUGUAACCAGCUGAGAAAUUUGGAACCCAAUUAAAGAUGUGCAAAUGAAUUGUGAUUGGGGGAUACAACACGCUUGUUAGGGAAAGGAGUGCAAAUAUUGUCAUCAUCUUUGAAUAAUUAUAGGUCAAGUUUGCAAUGGUAGUUGAACUUGUUUGUGUGCGCUCAAAAAGAAAGCUGCAUAUAAAUCUGGCAUUGGAAAUUCAGAAAAUUUUGUCAAAGAUGUCUUGCAUGAAGUUGUCUGGUUGUAUGAUACACAAUAGAUGUAUGAGAGCCGCUUUCAGCGGAAUUGGCUGGUAAAUAAGUGGAAUUUACUUUCUUUCCAUCACUGGAACAAUACUCCUUCAAGGGUUAGCCUAUUCCACUUUGGGUUUAUAUAGAGUUCCUUACAGCUCUGUUUUCCUGCAUUUAUAGUGAAGCUGUUGGACUGGGGAGAGGAUGGCAUGGCCACAACUGCUGAAACUGCUGCUUUGCGGGCUUCAUUUCGGCAAGAGGUUGCUGUUUGGCACAAGCUUGACCAUCCAAAUGUCACAAAAUUUGUUGGUGCUUCAAUGGGGACGUCAAAUCUUAAGAUUCCUUCUAAAAACACUUCAACUGAGGGUUAUAUUAACCUGCCAUCGAGGGCAUGUUGUGUGCUUGUGGAAUUCCUCCCAGGCGGAACACUGAAAAACCUCUUAUACAAAAACAGGAAAAAGAAACUUGCAUUUAGGAUUGUGAUUCAACUUGCUUUGGAUCUCUCUAGGGGACUGAGCUAUCUACACUCAAAAAAGAUCGUGCAUCGUGAUGUCAAAGCUGAAAACAUGUUGCUAGAUACUCAGAGAACUCUGAAAAUUGCUGAUUUUGGUGUUGCUCGUGUUGAAGCUCAGAAUCCUAAGGACAUGACUGGCGAAACUGGAACACUAGGGUACAUGGCGCCAGAGGUUCUUGAUGGCAAGCCAUAUAACAGAAAAUGUGAUGUCUACAGCUUUGGAAUAUGCUUGUGGGAAAUUUAUUGCUGUGAUCUGCCUUACCCAGAUCUUAGCUUUGCUGAAGUUUCAUCAGCAGUCGUUCGGCAGAAUUUGAGACCAGAAAUUCCCCGUUGUUGCCCAAGCACUUUAGCUAACAUUAUGAAGAAAUGCUGGGAUGCAAAUCCUGAAAAACGUCCAGACAUGAAUGAGGUUGUGAGGUUAUUAGAAUCAGUUGAUACAAGCAAAGGAGGAGGAAUGAUUCCUGAAGACAAGGCUGGUGGCUGUUUCUGCUUUGCUCCGGGUCGGGGUCCAUAACUCUUGUCAGUCAUUGAAGUUGUUUUGUGAUGCUUUCCAUUUAAUUCUUCGAGGUUUUUCUAAUGAAUGCUGCAAACAUGUCUCAAUGGUGUCCAUAAAUGAAGAUAAGUAGAGACAAGUUCAAGAUUUAUGUUUGAUAUUUUACCUAAGCAUAAUUGUGUUGCAAUUUUUCCUUAUGAUUAUCUUCACAGUG